CCCACCCCAGGCCCGAGACGCUAGGCGCAGCCGAGAGCGGCGUGUGGGAGACCGCAGGGCCCUGCACAGCAGAGCGGGUCUGGGAGCCGGCCGCAGUCAGGAACAGCAAUGUCUGUGCAGGUGGCAGCCCCCGGAAGUGUGGGGCUGGGCCCAGAGCGCCUGAAUCCUGAGGAGCUGGUGCGGCAGACGCGACAAGUGGUGCAGGGGCUGGAGGCCCUACGUACAGAACACCAUGACCUGGCUGGGCACCUGGUGGAGGCCCUGGCAGGGCAGGGUCCAGUGGCUGGCUUGGAACUAUUGGAAGAAAAGCAGCAGGUGGUGAGCCAUUCGCUGGAGGCCAUCGAACUAGGGCUAGGCGAGGCCCAGGUGCUGCUUUCCCUGUCAGCGCAUGUGGGCGCGCUGGAGGCCGAGAAGCAGCGGCUGCGCGCACAGGCCCGGAGGCUGGCCCAGGAGAAUGUGUGGCUGCGGGAGGAGCUGGAGGAGACGCAGAGGCGGCUGCGGGCCAGUGAGGAGGCUGUGGCCCAGUUGGAGGAGGAGAAGAAGCACCUUGAGUUCCUGGGGCAGCUGCGGCAGUAUGACACACCUGCUGAGCUCCAGCAGCACGAGUCCCCCCCUCGCCGAGACAGCCUGGCCUCCCUGUUCCCCAGUGAGGAGGAGGAGAGGAAAGGUCCUGAGACGGUGGGGGCCGCAGCAGCUCAGCAGGGCGGGUAUGAGAUCCCAGCCCGCCUUCGGACGCUGCACAACCUCGUGAUCCAGUAUGCAGGGCAGGGCCGCUACGAGGUGGCUGUGCCACUGUGUCGCCAGGCCUUAGAGGACCUGGAGAGGAGCUCAGGCCACUGCCACCCUGACGUGGCCACCAUGCUCAACAUCCUGGCACUGGUGUACCGGGACCAGAACAAGUACAAAGAAGCCACAGACCUUCUCCACGAUGCCCUGCAGAUCCGGGAGCAGACACUGGGCCCUGAGCACCCUGCAGUGGCUGCCACCCUCAACAACCUGGCCGUCCUCUACGGGAAGCGUGGGCGAUACCGUGAGGCAGAGCCCCUGUGCCAUCGUGCCCUGGAGAUCCGUGAGAAGGUCCUGGGCGCUGACCACCCGGACGUGGCCAAGCAGCUCAACAACCUGGCCCUGCUCUGCCAGAACCAGGGCAAGUUUGAGGAGGUGGAGCAGCACUACGCCCGAGCCCUGAGCAUUUACGAGGCCCUGGGUGGGCCCCAUGACCCAAACGUGGCCAAGACCAAGAACAAUCUGGCCACAGCCUACCUGAAACAGAACAAGUACCAGCAAGCAGAAAAACUAUACAAAGAAAUCCUCAGCAGGGAGGACCUGCCCGCCCCUCUCGGAGCCCCCAGCACAGGCACGACUGGUGACACAGAACAGCAGAACCUUCGUCGUCGGAGCAGCUCAUUCUCCAAGUUACGUGAGUCUAUCCGGCGUGGAAGCGAGAAGCUGGUCUCCCGUCUCCGAGGAGAGGGCAUGGCAGGGGCAGCUGGGAUGAAGAGAGCCAUGUCACUCAACACGCUGCACAUGGACAGUGCAAGGGCUACUGGGACCCAGUUCCCAAGCCGGCACCUGAGUGAGGCUUCUCGGACCCUCAGCACCAGCACCCAGGACCUGGGCCCCCGCUAAAGUCGACAGAACCACCUGGCUCAGCUUCUCGGGGAGAGUGGGAGAGGGGUGGACAAAUGGGGGUCCUUUCGUCUCCCUGCCUCUUGGGUGUACUGGGCUGCCCUCUCCUGAGAUUAAAGGCUAUGGAUUUGGCAGCCGGGAGCAUCUGCCUGAGGUUUCGUUCCUUCAGGGGUCUUCCAGUGACUCCCCUGAGGCCC